UUCCUGGAAUGGUGGCUCUAUGUCUGUGAUUUGGGUGUGUGUGUGUGUGGGAGGAAAUUCGCCUGCCUUGGGGGGAAUUUUGAGUGCUCCGGUGGUGGCUGGUUGGGGGUGCUUUUUGUUUGCUUGCUUGUUUUAGCCGCUCGUGGGGGUAAGUUUGUGAAAUUCUCUGAUGGGAGUGUGAUGGGUGUGGUUAUAGGUCGGGAUCUCGGACUGGAUGGCUAAAUUUGAUCUUAUCGAAGAGAAUUUGGCAUUUCUGUUGAAGAUUUAGGUGACUGAUGUUACGAUUUUUUGGGGGUAUUUGGCCUAAAUUCGAAGAUGGUUGAGCAAAAAUGGCCCCCUUUUGUCAAAAGUUUGAGUUAUUGAACCAGUAACACGACAACGGUGCUUGGGGGAUUCUUUGCGUGUAGAUUGGAGACAGGUUUCUGAAGAUAUGGCAAGAAGUGCAAGGGCAAGGAGGCAUAUGGCUCGUCAGCUAAGAUCUACUCCAUAUCCCAUUCCUUCAUACCGCUGGAAGGCAAUGAAAGAAUCGAACAGAAAGAAAAUUCUGCCAGCUGCCCAGAAGACGGACUGGGAAGAUGCCAACUGCUCUGUAUGCAUGGAAUAUCCACAUAAUGCUGUUCUUCUCCUUUGUUCCUCACAUGAUAAAGGUUGUCGCCCUUACAUGUGUGGAACUAGCUACCGCCACUCAAAUUGCCUUGAUCAGUUCAAGAAAGCUUACACCAAGGGGGCAUUGCUUGAGGAACUUCCUGCCAACACUGUUGGCACGGACUUGGAUUCGGCACCAUUGACCACAGGUGAAAAAGAUGAGUCCAUUGAUCUUGCAUGUCCACUGUGCCGUGGUAAGGUAAAGGGAUGGACUAUAGUAGAACCAGCUCGGAGUUAUCUUAAUGGAAAAAGGAGGACAUGUAUGCAGGAUGGUUGCUCCUUUGUAGGUACCUACAAGGAACUCCGCAAUCAUGUCAAGUCAGAGCACCCUCUUGCAAAGCCAAGGGAAGUGGAUCCCAUCCUUGAGCAGAAGUGGAGAUUGCUAGAGAUUGAAAGAGAGAGGCAAGAUGCUCUCAGCACGAUAACAGCAACAAUGGGGAGGGCGAUUGUUUUUGGUGAUUAUGUGCUAGACUUGGAGGAUGAAGAUGAUUUGGAUGACGUAGAAAGUGACGGGGAUGACAAUGCCAACGGACAUGGGACAGAUAACGCUAGACGAAUGUUAUUGUUUCUAAUGCGCCAAGUCGCUCAGCAUCAUCAAAACCAAAGGCUUCAGAAUACAAGUGGAUCAUCUGGCAGUGCUGAUGACAAUUAUGCGGUGAGUGGUGGUGCAAAUGGAACCACUCCUUACCCCCUUUACCCCUUGGAAGGAGACGAUGAAGAUGAUUUGGUUAUGGGCGGAGGAGGAAACACCGGUAUGAUUAGACCAGAGAGGCGGCGCCGCCGCCGCCGUAGAAACCGCGAGAGGUUGUUCCUAGGUGCUAAUUGAGACUGACAGUGAGCUUCAUCACCAGAGAAGUACAUUGCACAAUCGGUUCUCUGGUGCAUAGCAUUCAUCAAUUUCAACCUCAAUUUACUUGUUCACGAUCAUGUACCAAGUAGGUGUCUUAACCUUUUAGCUCAUUGUUUCACUUCAAUGUAUGCAUCUCACAUUCAUUGUUGAAAAGGAAAAAUACCGCACUCAUCUGUGCGGUUUGUGUAGCC